UUCAUCAACAGUGAAACAACAGUAGGUCGGCCACCUCCGUAGCCGAAAACAUCAAAUGUUUUUAGGCUGUUUUGAUGUACAUUAGUCACUGUGUUUUAAACAUAUUUCUGUUUUGUUUACUUGUUGGUCCAUUUAAUGUACUAUUUACGUUGUUUGUCAGGUAGCUGGCUUGCUAAGUUAGCUUUGCACUAGGCUAAUCGCUAAUGCUAAGUAGCUAGCUAGUUAACAACCCCGAUCAUGAGUUCACUAAGCUACUCCACUCCUGCUGAAGAAGAAGAGGUCUGCUGGACGGAGAAAGAAGAAGAGGCUGUCACAGUGAAACAAGAAGUAGAGGAUGAGGCUGUUACUGUGAAAGAAGAAGAGAAAGAACUUACUGUGACAGAGAAAGAAGCUUUCGAAGUAAAAGAGGAGGAGGAAGGAGUUUUCAGAGUGAAAGAGGAGGGGGAGAUUACUGUCACGUUGAAAGAGGAGGAGGAGGAAGGAGAGGAAGAGGGGCAGAUUACUUUCACGUUGAAAGAGGAGGAGGAAGGAGAGGAAGAGGGGCAGAUUACUUAUAUGUUGAAAGAGGAGGCAGAAGAAGAGGAAGAGGGGCAGAUUACUUUCACGUUGAAAGAGGAGGAAGGAGAGGAAGAGGAGACGGGAGAUCUAAGUAAAACCACAGGAGAGCGACCAGACUCUCACUCUGACAGCGGGGAGAGUCAUUCAGGGGAACCAGACCCAGAGACGUCCAAACCAGCGAGACGACACCACUGCUCCCAGUGUGGAAAAAGUUUUAACCGAUCACAACACCUGAAAUUACACGAGAGAACACACACUGGAGAAAAGCCUUACCACUGUUCCCAGUGUGGAAAGAGUUUUAGUCAGUUAGGGAGCCUGAAAGGUCAUAAGAGAACACACACAGGAGAAAAGCCUUACCACUGUUCCCAGUGUGGAAAGAGUUUUAGUCAGUUAGGGAGUCUGAAAAGUCAUAAGCGAAUACACUCUGGAGAGAAGCCUUACCACUGCUCCAAAUGUGGAAAGACUUUUACAUGGUUAGUGGGCUUGAAAAUGCACGAGAGGACGCACACUGGAGAGAGGCCUUACCACUGUUCCCACUGUGGAAAGAGUUUUAGGUUGUUAGGGAUUCUGAAACUGCAUGAGAAAGCACACACACGAGAGAAGUCUUACCCCUGUUCCCAUUGUGGAAAGAGUUUUAGGUGGUUAGGGUCCCUAAAAACACAUGAGCGAGUACACACACAAAAAAAGGAAAAGCUCUACCAAUGUUCACUGUGUGGAAUGAGUUUUACCCAGUUAGAAGCCUUGAAUAGGCAUGACAGGACACACACACGAGAGGAUAAGCCCUACCACUGCUCCCAGUGUGGAAAGAGAUUUAACUGGUUAAGGCAGCUGAAUAAGCAUGAAAGAAUACAUACACAGGAGGAGAAGACAUACCACUGCUCUCAUUGUGAAAAGACAUUUUCCCAGUUAGAGGACCUGAAAUCACAUGAGAGAAUAGAGAGCCUGUGUUCUGACUUGAGUUUUUGACUGAUCAUUUGUGUUUUUGUCAAUCCUCAUGAAAUUAAAAUCAAUUUUGCUUUUGUUUUUGUUUUUUCAUUUCGAGACAUGAUCAUGUCUAAUAUCAGAUUACAUAUUUUAAAAUGUCUAUUGAGUUUUGAUGAGCUUUGCUGUUGUUCAUCAUAUGCUUUUCAUAUUGCAAAAAUGUACAUAAAUAUAUAAAUAAGUAGCUGUCACGUAGAGUAGAGCCAGAAGGCUAAACUGGAAAACCUAAACCUCAAUCAAAAUAAAAAGAUGUUGGAGAAGCAAAAGGUC